UACAGUGUUGUCGGGUUAAUCCCGGACCGGGAAACGACAGCGCAGCCUCAGUGCCACUGAUUCGAAAUGAAGCUGUGUAUAAGUCAAACUUCAUGUCCUUCAAGGCCGAGUGGCAGUGGCACGGCGAGCUGCGACAAUGUGACAGCGUCCUGCCCUGGUCCCUAAGCAGGAGAGUUAGCGCAUACACGUGGAAACCCGGUUUCAUGCUCAUCUGUUAAGCGGCGUGCAAUUGCUAGCAAAGCGGUGUCGCAUCAGAACGACGGGCAGCUCGGGUGCAACAACCAACGCCGUGGUAAACUUGAAGCGCUAGAUUGGUGCUAGGUUCCCACUAUUAUUCACGGUAGUAUCGCAGUUACAGCAUUCCAUUGUGCGAAGACAAGUGAAACGGGCAAGCUUGGCUGCCGCGCCUGCAAGGCCAGCAAGCUGCAUGACUGCUACAUUAUACCGAGAACGGAGAAGUAUCAAAAAUGAUGCUGCCCUAGCGAUGCAUGCUCUCUGCAUAGGCGCACGAGUGGGUGCAACUAGGAUUUCUUGUGCGCUCUAGGGUCGCCGCAAUGCUCAAGCUAUAAGAUAGAUAGUAGCACAGUUGUUUACAGGGCUGUGGAGGAAUGAAGCGGAAAAUGAAAUCCUGAAGCGGGCCAGUGCUGGCCUGCGCGUAGCCCAUGGAGGAGGCAAAAUGCGCCUGCUUCCCCUCCAUAUUUGGACGGCGUGGGGCGCGCUCAGGGGCGGGGGUUCGCCAAGCGGAACGGCAAGGGGGGAAGCUUGGCGAGGCAGAUGUCCAGGCAAGCCAGCCAGCACAAGGGGAGAAAUUCAAGGAGCAGUGUGCAAGUGGCAGCCUCGACCUGGCCCUCGACAUCUCGCGUAGCAGCGAGCGGCAGUCGCCAACGGCAGUUGCACACACAACAUCGGAGCUGGACCCUCAGCUACCGUGCGCAGGCACCGCCCUGACGCCGUCUGUUCAGGCAGCUGACGUUGCGCCAGGCCUGCCGGCUGGGGGCAGCGACAGCCGGCAGCAGGAUGCCCAGCAGCAGGGUCUGGUGCAGCAGCAGCAGCAGCAGCAGCAGCAGCAACGGCUGCAGCAGCAGCGCGCACAGCAAGCAGCUGUGUCUCCGAUCUUUACCAGCGGCAGUCAGGACGCCGCACAGGUUGCCCAGCUUGUCUCCAACUACCGGCGCACCAACUCCCCCGGCGGGCCUGUCAUCCGCAAGCCGUCGCUGCUUGGGCCGCGCGGGACUGGCAGCAGCGGGCUUAUCAGUGGGGGGCCGGAGGUGUCCACCUGCGUCAGCAACCUGGCGGCGGUGCCACUGGCAGCCGUGCAGCAGCUGGCGUCGGGCGCCGGGGUGGUUGUGAGCGCCGCCAGUAGCUUCAGCAUGGUCCGCACCAACACGGUGGAGCUGGCGUCGGCGCAUCUGCCCGCGCUGCCCAGCAUGGCCGCGUCCAUGCAGUUGGAGUCGCGGCUGCUGCAGGGCGGCGGGGGCAUCCUCACGGCCGGCCCCGACAUCCUCAGCUCUAUCCUCAGCGAGGGCUGCACGCGGCCGGUGGGGUCAUCAUUUGUGGCGUCGGGUGAGCUGUCACGCUACCAGUCGCUUCAGGGCGGCCUCUCCAGCGUCCUGAACGCCGAUACGGGGCACGUCAGCACCACGGCAGUGGAGCAGUUGCGGCAACAGUUGAUGUCUGAACAGCAGGCGGGGCUGGGCGGCCGGCCCAUUGAGGUCGACAACCUGGAAAAGGUGGGCGCCGGCAGUUUCGGCGUCGUGUACAGGGGCGUAUGGCAAGGUGCCAAUGUGGCCAUCAAGUAUCUGGUCAGCUCCUCCACACAGCAGCUGCAAAUUAGCGCAACAGAAGCGCUACUCUCCAAGCUUUUGGCGCACCCGAAUGUGGUCCAAACGUUCGCAUGCAAAGUGGUGGAGCUGACGCCUGACUUCUUUGUUGGGCCUGGCGACCUUCACUUGGAAGCAGGAGCAGGCGCAGCUAGCCGGGGUGGCCUGCCGCGAGCAGACGGUCGGCACUCUCAGACGCACCAGCACCACCGGGAGGACCGCAAGGACCAGCACGGGCACCAGCAGUGCAAGGCGUGCCACGGUAGUGGGUGUCUGGGCGGAUGCGCAGCCACGGAUGCGGCGGCAGACACAUUUCACGCCGGCGGCGGUGGAGCGUCCCCUUUGGUAACUGCGGUGCCCAGCCGCAGUCGGGUGUUGAUUGCAGCGACGUCGGGUGCCGCCGCAGCGGCCGCGGCGCCGCGCCCCCUAACGCCGCCCCUGAGCGCCACCAACACUAUCCUGGGCGGCCGGGGCGGAGCGGGCGCUGCGCUGGAGCAUGCCAGCGGCGGGGGCAGUCUCAAGGGCUCGCCCGCGUCGCUGCUGCAGCAGGUGGACUCGGCCUCCUCGGCACAGGGGCAGGUGCCUGUGCUGGUGCCGCGCGGCACCGCUGCCAUCGCAUUGGACAUGGAGGACGACGACCCACAGCAGCUGGACGCGGCGGCGGUGGGCGACCAGAUAGCGACGCCGCUGUCGCUGCCGCUGGUGGUACCGAUGCUUUGCAAUCCAGCCAACGGGCCCGUUGCUCUGGGUUCUGGUAUGCACACGCGGGUGCCACAGGGACACCCAGAGGCCCUGAAAGCACACCAGCAUCGGCCUCAGCCUCAGGCGUCCGAGGGAGGUGCGAAUGCGGGCGCCUCGCCAGGUGCCGCAGCUGGCGCCGCUGGGGCUAGCGACGAGCGCCUGGCGGUGGACACGGACGGCAAUGAGUCGUUCCAGAGUGGAGACGGGUUUGGAGCGCCGCACAUCUCGCCGCUUGACGGCGAGCCCUACGCGCUGUCCAAGUACCGCACGCUGCUGGGCCAGAUCCGCGCCAAGCCGCGCGACUUCCUGACGCAGAUCAUAAUGGAGUACUGCGACCGCGGCAGCCUGCAGCGCGCCAUCGACAAGAACAUCUUCCGGGCCUCAGCCAGGUGGAACGCGCGCGUGGCUUUGCGCGCCAUGCUGCGCACGGCGCGCGAGAUCGCACAGGGCAUGUGCCAUUUGCACGCAAGCCAGAUUGUGCACGGCGACCUGAAACCUGCCAAUGUGCUGCUGAAGAGCAGCCGCUCAGAUCGCCGCGGCUUUAUUGCCAAGGUGGCGGACUUUGGGCUAUCAAAGAUUGUGCAGAUGGCGGAGCGCGGCUCGUUAGAAUGCGACACGGACGCCACCGGCACCAUCGCCUACAUGGCGCCAGAGGUGCUCAACGGCUCGCUUUGCCCCGCGGCAGAUAUCUACUCAUUCGGCGUGAUUCUGUGGCAGCUCAUUACCGGCGAGCGGCCCUUUGCCGACGUACACCCCGGCCGCAUGUGGGUGGGCGUGUGCACCGGCGCCCUGCAGCUGGAGUGGCCCGCGGAUGCGCACCCCAUGGUGCGCAAGCUAGGUGACGCAUGCAUGUCCUUUGACAAGCGCCAGCGGCCGAGCUUCACCAAGGUGGCCCGCGUGCUGGGCGUCAUUGAGACAGUGGUGCGCAAUGAAGGCGCGUCCCAGGCGGCGGCAGUGGCCAUGUCCUCGUUGCGCGGCUCCACGGGACCGGACGGUCGCUCAGCAGUCAUGUCGGGCCCCGGUGGCCCAAUGAUGACGGGCAGCGGACAGCGUGUCGGUCACGACGUCGGCACGGCAGCGGCUACGGCGUACGCAAUCUCGCUGGCGGCCGCAACGCAUGCCGGCAGCGCAGGUGGGCAUGCUAGCAGUAGCAACGCCUCAGCAUCCCAGGCUGCUGCGGCUGCGGGCCUGCCCUAUGGCAGUAGUGGUGGCCGCGCCGGCGCCAUGGCCGGGCCACUGCCGGGUGCCUCCAUGCCUGUUUCGCCGAUCAUGCUGUCACCAGCUCAGCAUUACCAGAUGCUACAAGCCGUGUACCCGCACUACACACCCGGGCAAAUACAGCACAUGCAGCAGCACCAGCGGCACCAACAGCACUUGCAGCAGCACGCAGCCGCGGUGCUGGGCCAACAUAACCCGCAUCACCAUCAUCAUCACCACCACCACCAUCACCACCUGCACGCGCAGGCGCAGGCGUUUCAAUCAUACAUCCAUCAGCAGACAGCCGUGUUUGCACAGCCGCAGGCACACAACUCCGCUAGUGGGCAAAUGCCGCCGGCCGCGCACGGUGGAAUGGGACACCCUUACCCGUACACAGCGUCGCCUCAGACGCUCGGCUCGGGGCCCUUCCACCCCGGCGGGCAGGCCAUGGCAGUCGGCGUGGCGGGCCUGCCAAUGAGCCCAUCAUGCAGCAGCUUGCAGGGCCCCAUCUCAGAGAGCGGCAGCAGCGUGCUGGUGGCCACGCCAAGGAACGGCGUGGCAGGACCCCCGGCGUGGGCAGGGCACCGGAGAAGCAGCGGGUACGGCAGCAGCAUUGGGCCGGUGCCAGGUGUUGUCGUGGCUCCAGCAGCUGCCAUGCAGCAACAGCAGCAACAGCAUCAGCAGCUGGCCCAGCACCCCGCAGCGGCAGUCGGCGCGGCUGCCGGGCCUGCAGGCAACUCAUGGUCAGGGGCGGCCACUGCCAGCGUAGCCAGGCCGUCGGCGGCUGGACCAGUAGUGGUAGGCGCAGAGACGCAGGCACCUGCCGUUGCAGCAGCUGCGCACUUUGGUCACGGGCAGGGGCAGCAUACGGUGCCUACAACACUGCGGAUUCCAGGUGGCACGACGGUACCGCAUAUGCGUGUGGGUACCGCGCCUCCUGCGCCUGGCCGCAACGCGGUCACCGCCACACCCUCUGGCGUGCAGCCGGACACUAGCAGCUUCACGGUGCCGCCCGCCAUGCCGCCGCGGCCUCAGCAACCGCAGCUGUACCCCUUCACAGCAUCCACCCAGCUUGUCCAGGCGGCAGCUGUGGCCGCGUCAGCAGCGCAAAAGCCGGUAGCGGGGCAGCCGCCCGCGCGGGGCAGCUUGCCGGGGACCAGCAGCGCCCCGUCCACCACUCAACAUGGGCCGGACCGCGCCAAGCCUGUCGACGGCCAGCCGCUGCCUCCCCUGGUCCGUGGCAACAGCGGGCCGCCGCCGACUGUCGGCAGCCCGCCGCCCAACCCCGUGCUGCCAAACAUGGUCAUGUACCCGAUGAUGAUGCCUGCCGGGAUGCCGCCGGGCGCCUACAUGACUUUCAACUCGCCAACCUGCUCCGUCGCCACAAGCGCACCCGGCACGGGUAACGGGAUGGCGGUGUUGGCUGGGCCCUUGCAUGGCACGCAAGUGCUCCCGCCGCAGACACACCUCGCGCCAGGCAUGCCGCCAACCUUUCCCGCUGCAGCAGCAUCGGCAGCAGGUGUGGCGCUAGACACCCAGCAGAACGCAAACCACGCAACACCGGGUGAGGCGGCCACCGCGCAGCAGCAGCAGCCCUCCAUCUAUACGAUUCCGCAGCUGUGGCCGCUGCAGCUGCCAGCCGCAGCAGGCGGCGACGCUUGGGCUGCCGGCGCCGCUCCGGACUACAACGCGGGGAUGCUGCUGCAUGCCCAGCCUCCUCCUGUGCACCAGCCUACACCUAUGCCGCCGCCGGGCCAGUCGAUGCAGUUCCAAGGGCCCAACGGCACGGUAGGCGGCACGGCUAUGGGCCCUUCAAUGGCCAUGGCGGCGAUGCCACCCCAGGGCGGCGUGCCCAUGCCGGUGCUGAUGUCAGCCUGGGCGGGCUUCCGCGGGACGGCCACGUCAGCGGACCUGGCACGCAGCCACAGCAUUCUCGGCGGCCUGCCUCCCGCUCCGGUCAUCGGCAGCAGCGUGACGCAAGGCGGCGACGGCAGCGGUAACCAUGCUGACGUUCAGCAAGCUAUAUCGGCGGCGGUGUCGGCUUCGAUGGGCACUGCCCACGUCCACUCUGCCGAACAGUUAGCCAGCGGGCAAGCGGUGGCGCCGAGUGCAGGCGCAGCAGAGCCCAGCCGAGCCCAGCCUGGAGCUGGCCCGGUGCAUUUGGCAUCAUCUCUUCCGGGCCCCUCCCAAGGUUCGCCGAUGGCGUACGCUGUAUCGCCUGCGGGCUUUGAGGGAGCCUACUAUUUCACCGCCGCCGGCCCCCAUUACCAGACGCCAGUCGGCGGUGUGGCAUACUACAUGCCGUACGUGUCUCUCACGGCCUCGCAUAAUCCCAUGGGAGCCAGCUGCUACGCCCCAGCGCCGGUGUCAGGUGACAUGGAAGGUGUGCAUGGCUCCGUGGCGGACACGCCGGGCUUGGGCUCGGUGACUGCCGACAACAGCCUGAUGCUGGGCGGCGGCGGCGGCGCAGGCGCAGGCGGCACAUCAGUGGCGAUGCACGGGCGCGGCAGCAACGCGGCCAUGGGGCCUCCCACCGGCUCCAUGGGACCGGACAUGUCGCUGUCGUAUCAGAGCGCUGGCGCGGGGCCGCUGGCAGCCGCCAUGGCCCUGCAGCCGCUAGCGUAUGCACAGCUGCCGGACAGCAACACGGCGCCUGCGGCCAUGUCUGCGUCCAGUGGACAGGGCUGGCCGCACGGGAGCGGCCAGGGCAUGCCUGUCGCGGCGCCGCAGCUGGCCGUCAUGAGCGCGUCGAGCUUGGCCACCGGUGGCGGCCAGUCGUCCGCACUGCCGCCCGUUGGCACGUCCUCGUCGCUGCGACGGCUGAGCGCUGUGGCGUACGAAGGCGCAGGUGCAGCAGCCUCGCAUGGCAGCUACGGGCCGCAGCCUGGUAGCCCCGGCGGCGCGGCGGGGUUCCGUGACCGUGAUCGCGAAGGCGGCUGCCUGCCUCAAGGUCUGCAGCGGGAUGCAAUUUUGGAGGGCGACGAGGAGGAGGAUCGCUAGAUCUGGUGCCCAAGCAACUUAGCGUUGCUGUCGCCAUAAUGCGUGGCGUUGCGCCACGAACGCAGGAUUUUGGAAACAACCCUAACGAACGAUUGUAUCAGUGUUCGUGAGACCCCACUAUUCAGCGCGAUUGCUUACCUGCGACAAGGAGCAUAACACUGUGGUUGAUGAGAAUGGUAGCCCGUGUGUCACAUGUGCAUGUGCACCUAUGCAAUCAUCUGCUCAAUGUGCGUUAUCCUGCAUGACAGUCGCAUAUACUCUGUAGCAACGACAGGAUUUUGAGUUGCCUAAGCAGACCGUGUAGCGCCUGUAGUGGCAGCUGCGUGAUGGUGGUGUUCAAGGGAGCCAGAGCUCACCAGGCCGCGGGGCUACUUAUUAUGCGAAACAAUGAAGGCCAGUGUGGUCCAUAGUGCACAGCACAGCAAGCAGGUGUUGAUACGUGUGAUGAAGUUUUUGUCUGCUGGAUGGACAAAGGGCAUGAGCAAAGGGUUGUCGUAUGGUUCGACGUCCACGAGGAUGGUGUGCAUGCAGUUUGUAUGAAAUCGGUCGGACAACUUGAGCAGGGGUGCAACGUUGUGAGCUGUGGCUGUAGAUGAGCUAGGCAUUUGCCCGGUUAUGAAGUCGUGAGCGCAAAAGGAUUCUCUUGACAUGGUCGGCAUUCAGCUGUGGAAGCUGUAGAAGCAGGCUGCUGCUGCAGAGAGACUGACACAGUCUUGGCGUAAGGACGGACGGACUCAGGAUGAAUUUGGGUAUGUGUCUGUCACAGAGUACUAGUCAUUCUGUUACCUUGCGCUAGCUAAUUUCUCAACCAGCGAGCCUGGUCGCGGUUGAGUGCUAUGAACCGCUCCCGGCGAGGCCAUGCAGCGUGCGCGGUCACCCUCGGGUGCUCGGUGAAGCUGAUGUACGCGCCCUCGCCCGCAGGGAUCGCAGAAGCCACACGGAAACACCUUGGCGCACACCGCACGCUAGCAGGUUGCGCCAUACCGCAUACGCAGUGUCACACGACAGGGGCGGCCGGCUGAGAAGCUGGACAUGGACGCAUGAUGUAUGAGGGGAACACUGGGUGCCGGCUUGGCGUGCAUCAAGACUGGGAGCUGCUAAAUGCACACGGCACUGGCUCAGCAAACCAGCAAUGGGCUCUUGUGUCAGACUAACGUGAAUU